AGCGUGGGAAAGGGAUGGUUGAGUUUUAACCAGAGGCUGAGCGUGAGCGGGAUCAGUGUGUGCCGAGCGCGAGCAUCCGUGCGCGGAGAGGCGCCGCUGUUAACUCCUGCUUGCCCGCAGCGCCGGACCCUACACCGGAGCCCCAGCGCAGCAAGCAUGAAGCGCGCUCACCCUGAGUACAGCUCCUCCGAUAGCGAGCUGGAUGAGACCAUAGAGGUGGAGAAGGAGAGCGCGGACGAGAAUGGCAACUUGAGUUCGGCUUUAGGUUCCAUGUCCCCAACUACAUCUUCCCAGAUCUUGGCCAGAAAAAGACGGAGAGGCAUCAUUGAGAAGCGCCGAAGAGACCGGAUCAAUAACAGUUUGUCUGAGCUGAGAAGGCUAGUACCCAGUGCUUUCGAAAAGCAGGGAUCUGCUAAACUGGAAAAGGCGGAGAUCCUGCAGAUGACAGUAGAUCACUUGAAAAUGCUGCACACGGCAGGGGGCAAAGGCUAUUUUGACGCGCACGCCCUUGCUAUGGACUAUCGGAGUUUGGGAUUUCGGGAAUGCCUGGCCGAGGUCGCCCGUUACCUGAGCAUCAUUGAAGGACUGGAUGCCUCUGACCCGCUUCGAGUUCGGCUGGUCUCUCAUUUGAACAACUAUGCCUCCCAGCGGGAAGCCGCGAGCGGCGCCCACGCAGGCCUUGGACACAUACCUUGGGGGGGCGCCUUUGGACAUCACCCGCACAUCGCGCACCCUCUGUUGCUGCCGCAAAACGGCCACGCGAACACUGGCACCACCGCCUCUUCCACGGAACCACACCACCAGGGCAGGUUGGCCUCGGCACAUCCGGAGGCGCCCGCCUUGCGAGCGCCCCCUAGCGGCGCCCUUGGACCGGUGCUCCCCGUGGUCACCUCCGCAUCCAAACUCUCACCACCUCUGCUCUCCUCGGUGGCGUCCCUGUCGGCCUUCCCCUUCUCUUUUGGCUCCUUCCACUUACUCUCUCCCAAUGCACUGAGCCCUUCGGCACCCACGCAGGCAGCAAACCUUGGAAAGCCCUAUAGACCUUGGGGGACGGAGAUUGGCGCUUUUUAAAGAACUAAUGCUGUAGAAUGAGGGAGGGGAGAGCUUAGAACUCCAGCUGAGCUGGACUUUUGCCAACAUCACCUUAAAGUCGUCAGUAAAAAGUAAGGAAAAAGGUACACUUCCAGAUAAUUUUUUUUAUAAAAAAGACGGAAGGUUUGUUGGUUUACUUUUUUCUUAAAAUUUUUUUUAUCAUGCCAUGCGUUAGAAGUUUUUAAAAUCUAGUUAAAUUUUGUUUAAAAAUGUUACAUUGAAAUAGUAUAAAUCAACACUUUGUGAUAGGUUUGUCCUAUGCCUGAUUUACUUUGUAAACCUAUCUGUUUAAGAAUGAUCCCAUUUUUUGGUCUCAAAGUUUUGGGAACCUUAACAUUUAGUGUUUUUUUUUUUUUUGGUAUGUUUUUUUCUUUGUGUAGUAAUGGUCUGUUUUUAGAAUUAAUUUUCCAAGCCACUAUGCUCGAUGUUAACAUAAUUAUGUUUGUUAAUCUUUUGACAGAUUAAGUUGUCAUAUAAAUAAUAUUCUUUUUUGGGGGAGGAGUGGAAACUAUAAUGAAUUUUAUAUUUCUGAACAAAGCGUUGACAAAUCAGAUGAUCAGCUUUAUCCAAGAAAGACUAGGUAAUUCUCUGCCUCCUAUAGUGGUAAUGUGAAUGUACAGACUGUUGGUGUCUCUGAGUCCAUGUGACCAACUGUGGUUGUCUGCUGGAACGUUCACUUCUG